GCUUGCAAGGUUUAAGAGGCGAAAGCAGCCGUCGUCAUGGGGAGCGUCAAUGUUAAUCGCAGCGUCAGCGAUGCGUUCUAUCGCUACAAAAUGCCCAGGAUUCAGGCGAAAGUCGAGGGCAAGGGAAAUGGCAUAAAGACCGUCAUUGUUAAUAUGGUAGAAGUGGCGAAAGCCAUCGGCCGACCGGCCACUUAUCCAACAAAGUUCUUUGGAUGUGAACUCGGUGCACAGACACAGUUUGACUUCAAGAAUGAGAGAUUUAUCGUGAAUGGCUCGCACGAUGCGAUCAAGUUGCAGGAUCUUUUGGAUGGUUUUAUUCGAAAGUAUGUGCUCUGCCCGUCGUGUGACAAUCCUGAGACUGAACUCUUGGUCAGUGCUAAAAAGGGAACCAUCUCCCAGGGCUGCAAAGCCUGCGGUCAUCAUGGUCUGCUCGAGAGCAAUCAUAAGCUCAACACUUAUAUCCUGAAAAAUCCGCCGAGUUUAAAUCCUGCGGCUCAAGGCAGUUCUCUCACUGAGGGCAAGCGUGCCAAACGUUCCAAAAAGGCGAACGGUGAUGUCAACGGUGAUCGUUCAGGAUCCCCUGAUAGCGAAAAUGCAACAGAUAUUGUGGUAGAAGCUCCGAAGAAGAUGGCCAGCGAAGAGGAUGAUGACUCCCAGUGGGCAGUUGAUGUUUCCGAGGAGGCCGUACGAGCACGUCUGCAAGAUUUGACGGAGGGCGCCAAGGGAAUGACCAUCAGCGAUGAUCUCGAAAAGUCGGAGAAGGAGCGUAUGGACAUCUUUUACAAGCUGGUGAAGUGUCGUCGUGACGCUGGCCAAUUGGACAAUCACAAAGAGCUGGUUUCGGAGGCCGAACGUCUUGAAAUCAAGACGAAAGCGCCGUUGGUUCUCGCAGAAUUGCUCUUCGAUCAAGGCAUCGCCGCACAAAUCAAGAAAUAUCGCCUGCUGCUUCUUCGCUUUACACACGGCGAUACGAAGGCACAAAAAUAUUUACUCAGGGGAGUCGAGCAGAUUGUCGCUUUGCACAAGGAGGUGCUCAUGCCGAAGGUGUCUGGAAUUUUUAAACUCUUUUAUGAUUCCGACAUCUUGGAGGAGAAAGCCUUUUUAGAAUGGGAGAGCAAGGUCAGCAAGAAAAACGUGGCCAAGGACGUGUCACAGGAAAUUCAUGAUAAGGCUGCACCGUUUCUUACUUGGUUGAAGGAAGCUGAGGAAGAAGAAUCCGAGUCUGAGGAGGAAGACGAUGAUUUAGAGAUUGAAUAUGACGAUAGAGCUAAACAGCCGCUCAAGCAACAGCAGCAGCAGCAACAACAGCAACCCAUGAAGCCACCCGUUGAGGAAGACGACGUCGGAGAUUUCGACAUCGAUGCCAUUUAAAAGAAAAUUACCCCAUAUCGGGCACAAAGACAGAUUUUCAUUACGACGACCACGAUCAUUUUCUGAUAGAUUCAAAGAAUUGAAAUAUGCUGUCAGUUUAACGUAGUUUUUCUUACUGUAGGCCGGAACUCGAUUAAUAUCAUCGGUAUACGCAUAAAUACAUACAUACAUACAUAUUCAAAAAUUUUAGCUAUAUCCAAUUUUAGCAAGCCUCAUAUGUACGGUGAUAUUUUUUAAUUAUGUUUUUAAUUUUAUUCUUAUGAAUUCUUGAUUCCUUUAUUCGUUAGUUACUAUCGAAUGGUUAUUCAAUGUUUCUCGCCCCCCAACCCCACUUCCGCUACCCACACAGGUAUCCCUUCUUCUACUUGUGAAGUAUUGUUAGGUUUUGAACGUUAUUUAAAAAAAAGGUUGGCCUGCUAAAAGCGUUCUCUAUUGUAUCUAUUUACUAUUCUAAUGGUAAUUCAAUAAAACAUGGUUUAUCACA